GCUGGCUGGGCCGCCCCGCCGGGGGUGGAUCUGGUUCCUCGGCCCGCCCGCCCUCACUCCCGGCAUGCCUUGCUGCUGGCCGCUGCCCGCAGCACUCGGACUUGGCCUUGGGGGAUCAAGGGGAGCCAGGGCGCCCCGGAGCUGCAGUUGAGCUCCUACCUGCUCAGAGGAUGUGAGUAGACUGUAGUUGGAAGCUUCCGGAAGCAUGGAGACCGUGGUGAUCGUCGCCAUAGGUGUGCUGGCUACCAUUUUCCUGGCCUCAUUUGCCGCUCUGGUGGUGGUCUGUAGGCAGCGCUACUGCCGGCCUCGAGACCUGCUCCAGCGCUAUGAUUCCAAGCCCAUCGUGGACCUCAUCGGUGCCAUGGAGACCCAGUCUGAGCCCUCGGAGUUAGAGUUGGACGAUGUUGUGAUCACCAACCCCCACAUCGAGGCCAUCCUGGAGAAUGAAGACUGGAUUGAAGACGCCUCGGGUCUCAUGUCCCACUGCAUCGCCAUCUUGAAGAUUUGUCACACUCUGACAGAAAAACUUGUUGCCAUGACAAUGGGUUCUGGGGCCAAGAUGAAGACGUCAGCAAGUGUCAGCGACAUCAUUGUGGUGGCCAAGAGGAUCAGCCCCAGAGUGGACGAUGUUGUGAAGUCAAUGUACCCCCCACUGGACCCCAAGCUCCUGGAUGCACGGACAACUGCCCUGCUUCUGUCCGUUAGUCACUUGGUGCUAGUGACUAGGAAUGCCUGCCACCUAACCGGGGGCCUGGACUGGAUCGACCAGUCACUAUCUGCUGCUGAGGAGCACCUUGAAGUCCUUCGAGAGGCCGCGCUGGCUUCUGAGCCAGAUAAAAGCCUCCCCAACCCCGAGGGCUUCCUGCAGGAGCAGUCGGCCAUUUGAUCUGCAAGGUCCUCCUAGUCCCUGCCCCUGGGCGAGCCUUCUACUUCCUGUUGGUUUAAUUGUUUGCUAGAGCUCUGGCGGCCAGCCCUGGGUGCAGAGGGAAGCUGAGAGCCUCGUGCCAGACGCCUCUGCUGCAGUAGCAGACGGUGGCUGGAGAGUGGCAGUGUAAUACCACAGUUAGGGAAGCCACCACGUCUCUCCUACAGCAGAGCGCAGAAAGCUGCAGAGCUCAUGGCUAGAUUUAGCUCCUUUAAUGUUUCCAGGAUAAUUGAGUCGCCCUCCAAGAAUCAAGAGGCUUCACGUUCAAUUAGAAUUUUUGGCUUCUGAAAAUCAAGGUGCGACUCGGAUCUGCGGUUCUUUUAGAAGACAAUCAGAGCUAAGUCACUAAGUUGAGAUUGUCUCUUUGGGUGACCCUUGCACUCCCCUUGCUUCUUUGUGUUCAGUACUUGGUCCCUGAAGCAUCUGAGCCCCGCCCUCUGCCC